AUGAAAGACUUUAGUUUAUUAGAAACAAUCCUUUAUGAUCCGCAACAAGGAUUCUACUUGCUCAAUCUACACAUUGCAAGAUUACUACUUGCAAUCAAUGACAUGAACAAGAAUGGGCAUGACUUUGGUUCUGUUGAAUCUAAAGAUAUUAUUAAUGUACUACAGGAGAGUGUCAGAGGAAAUGACAGAUAUCUGAGGGUGCGUUUGCUAUUAUCCAAGGGUGGUGUACUUUCUACAUCUCAUACAGACUUGGACAGCCCCAAGCCUCCGUUGUCUUGCUCAAGUCUUGUUGAGGCUGCUAAAGGAGGAGCUGUGUUUUCUAUUGUUCUGGACAAUUGUCCUUCUGAUGUCCUUGACAAUCCUUUUGUGACACACAAGACCACCUGUCGAGAUGUGUACGAAGACGCACGCCAUCGCUCUCACUGCGAAUGGAAUCCUUUGAAUGAUCAUACUCCGUUCGAUGUCGUACUCUGGAAUAAGCUUGGCCAAGUGACUGAGACCAGUAUUGCUAAUCUGGCUAUUGGUACCUAUUCAAACAACAAAUGGCACUGGAAAACACCUCACCAUUCAUCUGGGCUUUUACAAGGAGUAUUUCGGCAGAAAUUACUGGAAGAAAAUGAUGUUGAAGAAGUAAUGAUCACAAAAGAGGAUCUUGUGAGUGCACACGAGAUUUAUCGAGUACGGCUACUGCAGGAUGUUGUAAAAGAAGCAAUGGUGUAA